UGAGUGUCGGUGGAUAGAAGACAGAUUUCGUGGUAGGGUUUCGUUUUUCCCUCUUUCAGCAAACAAUGUCCGACUAUUUUCCGGCGGAUCUCUGGAUCGAAAUCCUCCUCAAAUUGCCGGUCAAAUCCCUAAUUCGCUUCACCGCCGUCUCCAAAUCAUGGAGGUCUCUCAUCACAAGCCCCAAUUUCACCUCCCUACACCUCUCCAACUCCCAAAAAAAUCGCGCAAUCCUCCGCCACUACGACGAGCACGACAAGCAAGAGCACUACCGCCUGCUCGAAUUCGCCGCUAAAAACGGAGCCUUCGCCAUCAAUUCCUCUUCCGAGUUCGAUUUCCCAUUGAAUUCCCAAAUCGGCUAUUACAGGAUCGUCGGCUCCUGCGACGGCCUCGUCUGCUCAAUCGACGAUUUGUUCCUGUUCCCUUCGCAAUCCGUUGUUCUGUGGAACCCUUCCGUUAGAAAUCACGUGAUUUUGCCGCCGGCCAAUACCAAUCCGAUGGAACCCCACGUUGUGGUGCUAGGGUUUGGAAUUGGGAAUGGCGUGCAUAAAGUCGUCCGCAUCGUUUACUGCCGGAGACCCUAUGAUUACGGCUUUGGCGUUCCGCCGCAGGUGGAGGUAUUCUCGCUUGGGGCGGCGAAUUGGAGAACGGUAGAUGGAUUUAAUAUCAAGCUUAGAAUUCUUGAAUUUAUGUGGUCUCAAGUUUUAUUGAAUGGAAUUGUGCAUUGGCUUGGCUACGAACCGAUUGAUGACGAUGCUAAUAGCUAUAAUUACAGCUCCCGUAGCUCGAUUUUGUCGUUUGAGAUCGAUAACGAGGUGUUUGGGGAAGUGAUACUGCCGGAUGUGUUGGCAACAGGUGUAGCUAGCAUGUGCCUCUUUGCUAGUGAGGGAUCUCUUGCUUUGGUGAAUUACAGUGUUGCCUUCGAGAGCAAGGCGUGUGAUGUCUGGAUGAUGAAGGAGUAUGGCGUGGGAGCGUCUUGGACGAAGCUGUAUAGGAUUGAAUUGGUUGAAGGGUUCGACAGAGUGGUUGGUUUUAGGUACGGUGAAGCUCUGCUGGCUUUGAAUGGGCUGGACUUAGUGGCGUAUAAUCCGGAGAGUCAGGGGUGUCGGAGUCUUGGUAUACAUGGAACUCCGAGGUCGUUUUAUAUUGAUAACUAUGUGGAGAGCCUUCUCUUGCUCGAUGGGAACAGGGAGCCGGCUGAGGAGGAUCUGAAUAGGGACGUGUUAGAGGGUUGGGUUUAGAUUAUAUCGAUGGAUCGACAGGCAAGGUUAUCCAGUUUUGUUAUGCGUUAACUUAUGCUGAGAAUUGGGUUUGGUUAGUUCUUGAAAUUUGAAAUACUAGCAUUUUUGUGCUUAUAUGCUUUUCUGUUUGUUUGUUAUGAAUAUGAUGAUUGAUUUAACAUAAGUGUGUUUUUGUUAGUAUAUAUUUAGUCAUUAUAUGCUGUAGUUGAAUGAUCAUUGCCUACUUGCUCUGCAACUUUUAUGUUGUAAGAUGGAUAAACUUAGCUUUCUCGGCUUGAAUCUUACUAUGUCAACUGCUAUAUAUUAUACCAGAAUUAUUUUUUUUA